AUGGAAGAAGAAGUCGCAGCGCUCGUUAUCGAUAAUGGUUCCGGCAUGUGCAAGGCUGGCUUUGCUGGUGACGAUGCUCCCCGUGCUGUCUUCCCUUCCAUUGUCGGCCGUCCUCGUCACCAGGGUGUUAUGGUUGGUAUGGGUCAGAAGGACUCCUACGUUGGUGAUGAAGCCCAAUCGAAGCGUGGUGUUCUCACCUUGAAGUACCCCAUCGAGCACGGUAUCGUCACCAACUGGGACGACAUGGAGAAGAUCUGGCACCACACCUUCUACAACGAACUUCGUGUCGCACCUGAGGAGCACCCGGUCCUCUUGACCGAAGCCCCUCUCAACCCCAAGGCUAACCGUGAAAAGAUGACCCAGAUCAUGUUUGAGACGUUCAAUGCCCCCGCCUUCUAUGUUGCCAUCCAGGCCGUGCUCUCCCUCUACGCCUCUGGACGAACAACCGGUAUUGUGCUAGACUCAGGAGAUGGUGUUACCCACACCGUGCCCAUCUACGAGGGGUUCGCUCUCCCUCACGCCAUUCUCCGUCUUGAUCUCGCUGGUCGCGAUCUCACUGAUUUCCUGAUCAAGAACUUGAUGGAGCGCGGCUACCCCUUCACCACCACUGCCGAGCGUGAAAUCGUCCGUGACAUCAAGGAGAAGCUGUGCUACGUCGCUCUCGACUUCGAGCAGGAGUUGCAGACCGCUGCUCAGUCCUCUGCCCUUGAGAAGAGCUACGAGCUUCCUGAUGGUCAGGUCAUCACCAUCGGUAACGAGCGGUUCCGUGCCCCCGAAGCUCUCUUCCAGCCAGCCUUCCUUUCUCUCGAAGCCGCCGGUAUCCACGAGACCACUUACAACUCGAUCUUCAAGUGCGAUCUCGAUAUCCGUCGCGACCUUUACGGCAACGUCGUCCUUUCCGGAGGAACCACCAUGUUCCCUGGUAUCUCUGACCGUAUGCAGAAGGAGCUGACUGCCCUGUCACCCUCGAGCGUGAAGGUCAAGAUCGUCGCUCCUCCUGAGCGAAAGUACUCCGUGUGGAUUGGUGGAUCCAUCUUGGCCUCCCUCAGCACCUUCCAAAACCUCUGGUGCUCCAAGCAGGAGUACGACGAGUCCGGCCCUGGUAUCGUGCACCGCAAGUGCUUCUAA